CUGUUGAGCUUUGACGACUACCUUUGCCACGAUAUCCGUUAUGGAGACACUGCAGGAACAAGCGCAGAUGGGAGGUGCGAAAUUGAGCCGGCGUUAGAUACAUAGAAUGCAAUGGCUCUCCUGAUCUCUGCCCACCUACUCCCUCUUAAGUUCAAUUGCUCGCCUCGGCUUAAGUCUUCGAAUUGCUCCAGCAUCAGCGUUCCCUGCUUCAGUCACAUUCUUUGACAGAAUCGCCAUGUCUCCGCACGCAGAUCCUCUCCUCCACAAACGUGUCUGGUGGAAAGAAGCCGCAUUUUACCAAAUAUAUCCCGCUUCCUUCAAAGACAGCAACGGCGAUGGCUGGGGGGACAUCCCCGGUAUCCUCGAGAAAAUCGCCUAUAUCGCCUCUCUAGGUGUCGACGCAGUAUGGCUAUCUCCAAUGUUCGACUCUCCGCAGGUGGACAUGGGCUACGACAUUUCCAACUACGAAGCCGUCUAUCCACCCUAUGGGACCGUCGAAGACGUGGAGAAGCUGAUUGAAGCUUGCCAUGCGAAUGACAUGAAGCUGAUUCUGGAUUUGGUCGUGAACCACACGAGCGAUCAACACGCGUGGUUCAAGGAGAGCAGAAGCUCGAAGGAUAAUCCGAAGCGCGAUUGGUACUUUUGGCGACCCGCUCGAUACGAUGAGCAGGGGAACCGCAUGCCGCCAACAAACUGGCGCGGUUACUUCGCCGGUCCCACAUGGACAUGGGACGAGCAUACGCAAGAAUAUUACCUCCAUCUAUACGACAAGUCGCAGCCGGACCUAAACUGGGAGAACGCAGACUGCCGCCGUGCAAUAUACGACUCAGCAAUGCGUUUUUGGCUCGAUAAGGGCGUUGACGGUUUCAGAGUGGAUACCGUGAACAAGUACUCGAAAUACGUCGAAUUCCCCGAUGCGCCAAUAACGGAUCCGGCGAGUAUCGUACAACCCGCGGCGCAGUUCUGGUGCAAUGGGCCGCGGAUCCAUAAAUUCAUCAAGGAGAUAAACUCCGAGGUGCUAUCUAACUAUCGCACAUACGAUGGGCAGCCCGUUGUCACCGUGGGCGAGCUUUCCCUAACGCCAGAUGCCGAAGGCGUCCUGCGAUACGUAAGCGCGCGGCAGAAAGAGCUAGAUAUGGUCUUCCAAUUCGACAUCACGCAUCUCGGCCAGGGUCCGCCGGGAAGCGAUAGCAAGUACGACUUCACCGAGUGGAAGCUCCCGGAGAUGAAGAGGGUCGUCGAGAAGUGGCAGUCGUUCAUCGAAGGGACUGAUGGCUGGACGACCGUGUUCUGCGAAAACCACGAUAACGGAAGAGGUGUUUCGAGGUUCGCCAACGAUACCCCCGAGUGGCGGGAAAAGAGUGCCAAAAUGCUGGCUCUAUGCUUCGCGGCCCAAACUGGCAGCUUGUUCCUCUACCAGGGCCAGGAGAUCGGGAUGAUCAACGCACCAAAGGAGUGGAGUAUGGACGAGUACAAAGACGUUGAAGCGCAAAACUACUGGAGGGAAGCUGUGCGGCCAUCUGAGGACGGGACAGAUCCUACACGGAAGGAGCGUAUCCUCCACGGCUUGCAGUUGAUGGCACGGGACCACGCCAGGCUACCAUUCCAGUGGGAUUCGAGUGUGAACGGAGGAUUCUCGACUGGGAAGCCGUGGAUGCGUGCGCAUGACCUAUACAAGGAGAUCAACGCCGAGGCCCAAGAGAAGGAUGCUGAUAGUGUACUGUCGUUCUAUAAGCGUCUAUUUCGGUUAAGGAAGGAGCGCAAAGACGUCUUCGUCUACGGCACAUUCGAGCUGCUCGACCCCGAGAACCUCAGUACUUUCGUAUACAAAAAGCAGUACCAAGAGAAGACGGCUCUAGUAGCGCUCAACUUCACCACCGAGCCUCAGCCGUUUCCAGCGACAGAAGAUAUGAGGCUGCUCUUGAGCUCAUACUCGAAGACCAGGCCGGACUCUUUGCAACCGCUCGAAGGGAGAAUCUAUAUUAACUACUAGGGGUA